AUGCCGCAAAAAAAGAAAAGUAGUCUUUCUCAAUACACUAGAAGGGCUAAAAGGAUGAGACAAGUUCGAUCGCAAGAGACAAAUGAGGACCGUGAGCACCGUUUAGCUUACAAUAGAGAACAAACUGCGGAAUCUCGGGCAUCAGAGUCCAGUUUUAAUAAUGAAACGCGCUUAGCUACAGAUCGCGAACGUCACGCGUUGUCUCGCGCUUCGGAAAUAUUAACAAAUUACUCUCAGCGUUUAAAAGUAGACCGUGAACGUCAUAUCGAGUCUCGAGCUUUAGAGACGUUUACGGAGCAUUCAGAAAGGUUGACUGCAGACCGUGAACGUCAUGCUGAAAGUCGCGCUUCAGAAACGUUUACGCAAUAUUCAGACCGCUUGACAGCAGACCGUGAGCGUCAUGCUGAGUUUCACGCUUCGGAAACAUUUACGGAGUGUUCAGAACGGUUGACUGCAGACCGUGAACGUCAUGCUGAGUCACGCGCUUCAGAAACAUUUACUCAAUAUUCGGAACGCUUGACUGCAGACCGUGAGCGUCAUGCUGAGUCUCGCGCUUCAGAAACGUUUACUCAAUAUUCGGAACGCUUGACUGCAGAUCGUGAGCGUCAUGUCGAGUCUCGCGCUUCGGAAACAUUUACGGAGCAUUCAGAAAGGUUGACUGCAGACCGUGAAAGUCAUGCUGAGUCUCGCGCUUCAGAAACGCUAACUCAAUAUUCGGAACGCUUGACUGCAGACCGGGAACGUCAUGCAAGAUCACGUGCUUCGGAAUCAUUUACUCAAUAUGAAGCGAGGUUAGCAGCAGAUAGGGAGAGCCGUUCGGGCUACCAAAAUGAUCUUAAAGCUCCUAAUGAUGGGGUAAUCAUUUGGUGUAUUAUACCAGAUUUAAAAUAUACCACCAAUACGCCGACCACUUCGAUUACUCGCUAUCAGUACGCGAUGAUGUCGAUGAAGACGGUGUUAGCUACGUUGCUGAGAAACUACAAGUUCCUUCCAAAGGCGAUGUCUUGUGAAGCUGAUUUGCAGACACCGUUAACUGUCAAGUGUGACAUCAUGUUACGAGAUUCGGACGGAUAUCAGUUACAGCUGGAAAGAAGAAAUAAAGCGAUCCAUAUGUAG